AACCCGGGAGGGGCUUGUGGUUUUCACAGUGACGUAGCGCCGCCACACCCGUUAAAGUUGAAGAGGUCAACCAGCCGUGUGGUGCUUCAAGCCCCAGAGAUUUGUAUCGACCAUGGGGAGCUCUGCAGUCCUUACUACACUUCUGUUCUGUGCCCUAGCUGUACACUGCAGCGCUGACGGCGUCUUCUGGCACGUGACUGACUUCCACUAUGACUUCACCUACCUGAACGGCGCGGAGGGCGGGAAAAUCUGCGACUCCCAGACAGCGGGCCAGCCGACACCGAGCGAUCCCGGCAGCUGGGGAGACUAUCUCUGUGACGCCCCCUGGCGACUCAUCAACGACACUGUACACGCCAUGAAGGACAUCGAACCCAACCCUGACUUCAUCAUCUGGACAGGAGACGACACUCCCCACAUCUAUAACAAUAAGAUGAACACAGGCGUGGUGCUGACUAUCAUAGGGAACCUGACCGACCUACUUCGAACCGUCUUCCCAAACACACAGGUUUACCCGGUGUUCGGUAACCAUGACUACCACCCCAAACACCAGAUGCCGCCCGAGCCCAACACUGUGUACAACGCCACCUGGAGCAUGUGGAACGUGCCCAAUUGGCUGUCAGAUGAUGUGAAGAACACCUUCGUCAACGGUGCUUACUACACGAUGCCGAUUAGCCCCGGCCUCAGGCUUGUUGGGCUGAACACCGUGUACUACUACACUAACGACAGGGUGACUGCGCCUACUGAUGAUAAUACGGACCCAGCCGGGCAGUUUUCCUGGCUAGAGGGAGUUCUGCAACAGGCAGCAACCGACAAUGAGAAGGUGUUCCUGAUUGGUCACGUGCCUCCAGGGUUCUUCGAACGAUCCAAGGGCAAGAGUUGGUUCUACCCAGAAUACAACAGGCGCUACCUGCAGGUCGUCACCAGACAUGCUGACGUCAUCAGGGGCCAGUUCUUUGCCCAUCAACACUGCGACAGCUUCAAGCUUUUCUAUGACGAUGAAGGCAGGGCCGUGAACUCCAUGCUGCUGGCCCCGGCCGUGACCCCGUGGACCACUACACUGGACGGAGUUGGCGGGAACAACCCGGGAAUCCGACUGGUCAGUUACAACAAGAACACCGGAGAUCUAACGGAUGUAGCCCAGUAUUUCUCCAACCUGGCCCUGGCGAACAUGCAGGGUUCCCCGCUGUGGGCACGCGAGUACAGCCUCAAGGAUACCUUCAACCUGGCCGACGCCUCACCGGCAUCACUUCAGAACCUCCUGGACAGCUUCAGCGACCGUUCAUCCGACAACUUCGAGAAGUACUACCUGUACAACUCGGUUAGCCUCGACCGGUCUACAUGUGACGAGGACUGCAAAGUGGCACAACUGUGUGCCAUCAAGGAAGUCGACUAUGACAAGUAUGCAGACUGUACAAACGCGCCCGGGAGUGGUGCAGAUACCGCUCAAGUCUCGACGCUAACCAGCUUUGGAAUGUUCCUUCUUUUUGUCAUGGCAGCUUUUGGUCUUUCUGCCUGACAGCAACAUUACCGUUGGGGCAUGUUGUAGUGAUGUGCAAAGAAUUAUCUAAAAGUGCUCCAGAAAAGCAACUAAGGAAAGUAGUUCAGUUUGAUGCUUAUGCUUCAUAGUUUUGAAUGUCGCAAAAGCUUUGAAUAAAUACCACUGAUAUAAAAAGUGAAAGAAAUGGAAUGUAUUUAGCUUGAAAUAAGUUUGUACUAAAUUUUUUAUGUUUAAAGUUUUUAAUAUUGUUAAAGAUCUUGGUGAAAACAAUGCGUACUGUGAAGUUUCUUUUAACGUUGUUGCAAAUGCUGGGGUUAGAACAAGGUACCAAAGAAUUAAGGAUUGCUUUCAUCAUAAAUAAAUGUUACUCUUGACUA